AUGUCUUGUAUAUGUCUUGGUCCAAAACGUUCUGGAAAAACCCAUUUAUUGAAAGCAUUACAAGAUCCAAAUUCAAUAGAUGAGACUUCGUAUUCAAUGCCAACAAUCGGAACAAAUAUUUUUACAAUAAAGUUUCCAAAAGUUUAUAGUACGAAUGACAAGCCAAUUGAUGCAGAACUCACAGACGGAAAUACCAAAGAAACUCAGCAAUCCAAGGGUUCAACCCGUCAAAUUCAAAAAAGUAUACAAGUUUUGGAAAUUGGGGGUACCAUGGCUUCUUUGUGGCGUCAGUAUUUUAAUGAUGUUCAAAAGUUAAUCUAUGUAGUAGAUACUUCCAACUUAUGCCAAAUAUCUGCAGCAGGUGUGCUUUUAUAUUCCAUACUGGCUGAACCUCGCUUGCAAAAGGUAAAAAUUCUUAUUGUUUUAACUAAAAUGGACUACGCAUAUCGCCAAAUGCGUAAUGAGGCUAUAUUGAUGCUUCAAAUGUCGAAGUUAAGGAAGCAAAUACGUCAAAAUGUGACCAUUGUUGAAGCAAGCGCGGUGAGUGGUAAAGGAUUUAAUGUUAUAUAUGAUUGGUUACAGAAUGCUCUAUAG